AUGAAAGGCCACAGGCAGCCCGACAUUGUGGAGAUUGAGGUGAAGCUUCUCAACAUGGCGAUGGAAACUGACUUGGAGAACAAUUGGAGGCUUCAUCUUGCUGCUUGGUCUGGACAUGCUGAGAUAGUAAGCUAUCUGUGCAAUAAUAAAGCUGAUGUAGGAGCCUCCGCCAUGGAUGAUACUGGUGCCAUCCAUUUUGCUUCUCAGAAGGGUCAUAUUGAAGUAGUACGAAUCCUGCUUUCUUUUGGAGUAUCUAUUAAAUCUAUCAAUAGAAAAGGCAUGACUCCUCUCCAUUUUGCAAUCCAAGGUUCACAUAUUGAAUUGGUCAAGUAUCUAAUCAGGAAAGGCGCAAAUCUCAGCUCAAAAAAUAAAACUGGUGAGACUCCUCUCGAUCUUAUAAAAUCCGAGGAAAUGCGGUCGUUAAUCAAUGAAUUGGAGCAGUCUUUGAAGAACAAAGAUCAAACGACAAGCAGCGGGACUGAUGAGUUUCCAUUAAAGCCAUCGAAUGCAGAAGAUGUCAAAGAUGUUCAUGCUCUUAGUUCAUGUGAUCAGGUUGAUACUGAUUUAGAUACGGAUGAAAAAAGGGAGAAGAGGAAAGGCGAUGACGACGAUAUUACUCAGGAUAGCCUUCCCGUUCCAGAUGCGAAGAAGAGCAAGGUAUCUCUUGCGCACCUUUUAGCUGAAGAUGAUAUAGAAGAAGAGCUUUGAGAGAAGAUGACUUUAUACGAGAAUGAAAGUUAUUGCUGGUAUCUUUUUAUUCCUCUACCUUUUCUAUUUUUAGAGUUUUGAACAAACUAUCACAACUAUAUUGAAUUUUGAAAAGAUAAAACUGUUGUACGCUUAUUCAUGUAAGCUUAGAGCCCAUUUUGCAAAGUUUUUGGUUGCCA